AAACAUCCUGGUGCUGUCCAUGGUACUGGGCUGUUCAGCUGUCCUGAUGGAUACUUUCUUGCCAAGCUCCAGGGAACCAGUGGUGAAUGUGGCUAUAGUUUUUGGAGGAUCCUUGUACCCUCUCCACAUCCGCAACCGGCUGUCGCACCAAAGUUUCCUGGACAUGCCUUUGGAGAUUCAUCCAGUCACAGUGGUAGUGAAUGACACCAACCCCAGCACUCUCUUGACCCAAAUCUGUGGCAUGCUAUCCAGCACAAAGAUCCAUGGGAUUGUAUUUGAGGACAACAUCGGCACAGAGGCUGUGGCACAGAUUCUGGACUUCAUCUCAUCCCAGACCCAUGUACCUAUCAUUAGUAUCAGUGGAGGAUCUGCUGUGGUCCUGACACCUAAGGAGCCUGGCUCUGCCUUUCUACAGCUGGGUGUCUCAAUUGAACAGCAGAUACAGGUGAUCUUCAAAGUUUUGGAGGAAUACGACUGGAGCUCCUUUGCAGUUAUCACCAGCCUAUAUCCAGGAUACACUGUCUUUUUGGACGUAAUACGGUCCUUCACAGAUGCCAGUUAUUUUGGCUGGGAGAUCCAGGAUGUCUUGACUUUUGAGAUGACUCAAGAUGAGAGUGACUCCAAAAUCCAAAGGUUGCUGCGUCAGAUUGAUGCUCAGGUGAUGAUUGUGUACUGCUCAAGAACAGAGGCAGAAUAUCUCUUUCAAAUGGCAGAGCAGGCUGGUUUGAUUGGGCCUGGCUACAUUUGGAUUGUGCCUAGUCUGGCAGUGGGGAACAUGGAUGUCCCACCUACCUCUUUCCCUAUUGGUCUCAUCAGUGUGGUCACUGAGAGCUGGAAAAUGAGCUUGAGGCAAAAGGUCCGGGAUGGUGUGGCUAUUAUUGCGCUCGGAGCAGAGAGCUAUUUCAAGACGUACGGCUACCUUCCUGUGGUGGGCAGAGAUUGCAACAACAAGAACCCCUCUAGUGCACCUGCAAACAACACUUUCUACAGGCAUUUGCUCAAUGUGACCUGGGAAGACAGAGAUUUGUCCUUCAAUGAAGGCGGCUACUUGGUGAGACCCACCAUGGUGGUAAUUACACUGAAUCGGCAUCGGCUCUGGGAGAUGGUAGGAAAAUGGGAGAAGGGGAUCAUCCACAUGAAAUACCCUGUGUGGCCACGCUAUGGAUCCUUCCUGCAGCCCAUGGCAGACAAUCGCCACCUCACAGUUGCCACUCUGGAGGAAAGACCUUUUGUGAUUGUGGAGAACACAGACCCAACCACAGGCGUGUGUGUCCGUAAUACUGUCCCCUGCCGGAAGCAGCCUAACCACACUGAAAGUGGGGAUGGACCUAUGGACCCCUAUACUAAACUCUGCUGCAAAGGCUUUUGCAUUGAUAUCCUAAAGAAGCUAGCCAAGACUGUCAAGUUCUCCUAUGAUCUCUACCUUGUGACAAAUGGGAAGCAUGGGAAAAUAGUGGACGGUUUCUGGAAUGGCAUGAUUGGAGAGGUGUACUACAAGCGAGCAGACAUGGCCAUUGGAUCCCUUACCAUCAAUGAGGAGCGCUCUCAAAUCGUAGACUUCUCUGUACCCUUUGUGGAGACAGGGAUCAGUGUCAUGGUAGCCAGGAGCAAUGGGACCGUCUCACCAUCUGCUUUUCUAGAACCUUACAGUCCAGCCGUUUGGGUGAUGAUGUUUGUGAUGUGUCUCACUGUCGUUGCUAUCACAGUCUUCAUGUUUGAAUAUUUCAGUCCUGUUGGCUACAAUCAGAAUUUAACCAGUGGCAAAAAAUCCGGGGGACCUUCCUUCACUAUUGGCAAGUCAGUCUGGCUAUUGUGGGCUCUAGUUUUUAACAAUUCUGUUCCCAUUGAAAACCCCAAGGGAACCACCAGUAAAAUCAUGGUGCUCAUCUGGGCCUUCUUUGCUGUCAUCUUUCUGGCCAGCUACACUGCUAAUCUGGCAGCAUUCAUGAUCCAGGAGCAAUAUAUUGAUACUGUCUCUGGGCUGAGCGAUAAGAAGUUUCAGAAGCCCCAGGAUCAGUAUCCCCCAUUUCGGUUUGGAACAGUUCCCAACGGCAGCACAGAGAGGAACAUUCGGAGCAACUACCAUGACAUGCAUUCUCACAUGGUGAAAUACAACCAACGUUCAGUGGAGGAUGCCCUUGUCAGCCUCAAAAUGGGAAAGCUGGAUGCUUUUAUAUAUGAUGCUGCGGUGCUGAAUUACAUGGCAGGCAAAGAUGAAGGCUGCAAGUUGGUGACCAUUGGCAGUGGGAAAGUCUUUGCCACCACUGGCUAUGGCAUUGCUCUCCAGAAAGACUCCAAGUGGAAGAGGGCCAUUGAUUUAGCCCUUUUGCAAUUCCUGGGAGAUGGUGAAACCCAGAAACUGGAAACUGUGUGGUUGUCAGGAAUCUGCCAGAAUGAAAAGAAUGAGGUGAUGAGCAGCAAACUAGACAUUGACAACAUGGCAGGAGUCUUCUACAUGCUGCUAGUGGCCAUGGGUCUGAGCCUGCUAGUCUUUGCCUGGGAACACCUCGUGUAUUGGAAGCUGCGGCAUUCUGUCCCCAAGUCAAACAAGCUUGAUUUCCUUCUGGCUAUAAGCAGGGGUAUCUACAGUUGCUUUAAUGGAGUCCAGAAUCUGGAGAGCCCUGCCCGUGUUCACAAACCUGAUGUCACAGCUAAUUCUGCUCAAGCCAACGUGCUGAAGAUGCUGCAAGCUGCCAAGAGUAUGGUGUCAACAGCUAGUGUUGGGAAUUCGUUAGAGAAUGCUACACGAACCAUUGAGAACUGGUCAAACCGGAGUGAAAACCUCCAAACAACCUUCUCCUUAAGGACUCCUCAGCUUGUUGUUCAGAACACCAGUGGCCCUAACAGGUCAGCUCAGUCCUCCAAUGCAACUGUAGAAGCAAGUGAGAAACUUGGGAGACCCACUCAACCAUCACUUCCUGAAGCCCAGCAAACUUUAGUGUCAGCCAGUGAAAAUUGGAGUGGGACAAUUGAGCGGCCACAGAUACUUCAUCCACUGAAGUAUCGAGGUAGCUAUUCUGAAGACAAGGUCCUUCCAGGUUCCACUGUGAACAGCUCUCCACAUUACCUGGUGAGACCCACAGCUCAGGCACCUUUCAGAAACCAUGUGCCGCUUGGAAACCACCUUAGUGCUGUUCCUCACUCCCCAGUGAGGUCUCCUAGGGAGCUUCCUCCCCUUGAGCAGAAGUAUAAGCUUCCUAUGGCCAGAGAACAUGGGAAAGAAAGAUUCCACCGGAAUGUUCAUCUAGUGUAUGGAGAAGAUGGGCGUGUAAGCUCUUCAGCCCAAGUAACAAGGCCAGCUUCUGAGAAAAGAAAGGAAUUGGAAAGUCACUUAUUGUCUCAUGCCUGUAUGCACAAUUCCUUCCCAAGGGCUGACAGGACUUGCAGACCCUAUGUGUACAAAGACUCAGACACAGAAGAGCUCAGGAGAGAGAAGCAGCACCACAGGUCUAACCUCCCAAGAUCAUCCUGGGAGCAACAUGAGAGACCCAAGUCUCUAGGCAUCUGGAAGCAUUGUGGAAAAGCUUCUGUCUGUGAGAAUGUGCCAGACCUAUUCCCUCAAGCUGGUCUGGCUCCCAAGCCAGCAACUGUGCCUGGAAUCCACCAUGGAUUCCAUCACUAUUCUCCUAAUGCCCUUAGGCCAAGCUAUACAUGCAAUAGGAAGUAUGUGGAGGCCAAUGGUCUACCUUGGAAGGACCAACGACUGUUGCAUUCACAGUCCACAAAGCUCCCCUCAUACCGGGAGGCCUGCCUACAAAAUACCCCAGGCAUGCACAGGGCUUCUUCUACAGUGGUGCACAAGCAGUAUGCCUACAUGAACUCUUACACAAAUCUGCCUAUUUACUGGGGGCGCCUUUACCAGGGCUCUCCUCCACUGUGUGAACAGUCCAGUGCUUCCCAGCACUGCUUCACUCGAGCUCCCUGGUCUCCUUGCAGCAGGGAUUUCUUGCUCCAUGAGAAUGGCCAGAGGACCAUGUACUUCGGUAGCACAUACAGAGACUGCAGGGACCGGAGCAGGGUUGAUCCAGCCUUUCUUCAGAUGGAGAGGAGGGACUUCCUUACUACUCAGAGGAUGCCAAGUCCUUACACAUCUAGAUCCUGGAGGCGUAUAUCCAGCCUAGAGUCUGAAGUCUGAUGGUAGAGAGGGUGGUGGCGGAAGUUGCAGGUCUGUUGAUUUGUAACUGACAUUCCCAUCAGCUGGAAACCAUUUGUCUGGGCCAUUCCUAAGGAAUAGCCUCAGUAUGAGCAAGUGACAGAGGCUUCUGAUUGUCAGUCUGCUUCUCUCUAUAAUGCUGGUAUGUAUUGACAGAAAGCUGUUUUUCUCUUCUGUACUGACCUGCAUCAUUGCAAAAGCAAGUGACCUUUUGCCUUUGUCUACUGAUGGACUAAGAAAAAGCAGCAGCCGCUGAAGGCACUUUAUAACGACUCCGUUCCCAAGUCUUCCAUUGCUAAACACUGGGACACUAAUCACACAUGCAAGAAAACUCCCAUGGUGGUGUUUCACAGUCACGCUGCCUCUGUGGAUAGCUUAAGAAGUAGCAGUUUCAAUGUCAACCAUUCACAUUUCAGUGCCAGUUUAUCUUUCAGAGCAUGCUGGAGAUACUAACAAGCUCCUAAUAAGAAUUAGGAUUGUUUUGCUUUCUCAUAUGCACUGAUAACCAAUGGGGACACUAUAAAGGACUUAACAGGAACAUAGUAUGAUAUUUUUAGUGUUUUACAUUACCUUCUGGAUCCUCAUAAACAGCCCAAGAUGCCAAACAGAGGUUA